UUCUCUUUGCCUCUCCCCCUCCCUCCCCGCAUGCCAUGCUGGGCCAGAUAGGCUCAGCCAGACGUGUAUUUACCCAUAUCCGGGUUAGAGAGGAAAAGAAAAAAAAAGUUUCAUUUAAACCUGGGGAAAAAAAAACUUUCAGCAUGAAAUCACACAGCAGGAACAGGCACAGACCGUAAGGCAUUCUUACAAUUUUUAAUCUCCAUCAAGGACUUGGGGAGGGGAGUUUCGGUCAUUAAAAAAAAUCGUCUUAUGCGCGCGCGCGUCAGGAAUAAUCAGCAGGAUUUUUGUGUGUCUAUGUGUGUAAUCAAAUCUAGUUUCCUUUACGGGGGGUCUUUUCGGCUAUUUCCCCCCUUUGCUCCUCUCCUUUCCCCCCCACAUUUGUUUUGUCCUAUUUUUCCAGGCCGUCGGGGUGGUGGUGGUUGUUAAUUGAUUCCCACCCAACUCUUGCAAUGUUGCAAUGAUCAUGGCCGCGCAAAUAGCAGCGGCUCCGGCGGGUGCGAACAAGAAGAACAAGGGCAAAACCCCGAGUUUGCCGAGCAACUUAAGCCAGGAUCUUAGCUCUGGCACCGUAGGAACUGCUGGAUCGGGGGCUCUCUUAGGGGUCGUAGAUGGGACUAACAAGAGCAGCAGCAGCUUGAAUAAUGUAGAACACCAUCUCCAUCACCAUAAUGAACUGAACAUGGCCCAUAAUGCAACUUCUGCUGCUGCUGCUGCCGCCGCCGCCGGCGGUCAUAACAACAACGCUACCACCACCAGUAACAGCAGCGGCGGCAGCUUUUCCUCGGAAUCGGCUUCGAAAGAAGCGGGGAGCUCGUCGGGUUUAUCUUCCACUUCUUUUUCUGCUCCGACGAUGGAGACGGGGCUGCUCUCCAACCACAAGUUGAAAAGCGUUGGAGGCGAGCACCCGACCGCCGCACCUUCCCACCACCCCCAUGCCCAGCACCAUCACCCGCACCCAGCUCACCUCCAUGCCCAGCACCCCCAUGCUCACCACCGUCCUCACCACCACCACCACCACCACCACCACGCACUUCAGCAACAUCCACAGCUAAAUCAGUUCCAGCCUCAGCCGCCUCCGCCUCAGCCCCAUCCGAUGCAGAAUAACAACAACAACGGCGGCGGCGGUAGCAGCAGCAGCAGCAACAACAACGGCGGCGGCGGCGCUGCUCAGCCCAACAGCGCAGACAUGGAGCAGCAGCAGCAGCAACAUGGAGGAAAAGACAGUGGCUUGGGGGGACGGGCCGAGCCCCAGAGCCAGCCGCCGCCUCAGCCCCUGCCGAAUAAAGGCGGGGACGAGGAAGCAGCGACGCCGCCGCCGGCGGACAAAAUGGGGGAGCAGCACCUCAGCAGCCGCUACGACCACCCCAGGUUGGGACCUUUGGGCGGACAGCCGCCGCCGCCGCCUCAGCAACAACAGCAGCCGCCACCUCAGGGAGCGGGCAGCGGAGGAGGAGGAGGAGGGGGCGGCGGCGGCGGCCCCUCAGCGGUGGGUGUCUCGGAGGUUAAUAGCUAUUACGGCAACGCUGGCAGCGGCGGCGGCGGCGGCAGCAGCAGCGGAGGCGCCUCCUUAGCGAGCCGGGCCGGGCCUUGCUUUGAUCAACAUGGCGGACAACAAAGCCCCGGGAUGGGGCUAAUGCACCCCGCGGCGGCCCCCAACAGCAUGGACCCCCUACCCAACUCGCACGAAGGCUACGCCAACAGCCAGUACAAUCACUACUCGGGCGCUUACGGCCGGCCUGGCGGCGGCGGCACUGGCAGCGGCGGCGGCGGCGGUGCAGCAGGCGGUGGUGGCGGCUAUGGGGGACCGUCUUCCGCCUUUGGGGUGCUGGGCUCCCCCAGGCAGCACCAGCAGAGCAUGAUGCUGGGCCCCGGCGGAGGGGGCAGCCUGGGCAAGGCGUCUGGGGCGGCGGGCUUCCAAAGGUUCUCGGGGCAAAACCAACACCCGUCCGGGGCCACCCCAACCUUGAACCAGCUCCUGACUUCCCCCAGCCCCAUGAUGAGGAGCUAUGGCACGGGUUACGCCGAUUAUACCAACCCCGGGGCUGCCCCAUCGCAACAGCAGACUCAGGGAGUAGGAGCAGGAGCCGGAGCAGCAGCAGCAGCAGCAACCGCCCCAGGAAGUCAGCAGGCAGCAGCAGCAGCAGGCAUGGUCAUGGGCAAGGACGUGGGUUCCCAGUAUGGAGCUGCAAACCCAGCCUGGGCAGCAGCACAACAAAGGAGCCAUCCAGCUAUGAGCCCUGGAAACACAGGACAGCCCAUCAGCAGGAGCCAGGGCAACCCAAUGGAUCCAAUGGUCAUGAAAAGACCUCAGUUGUUUGCAGUGGGCAACAGCCCUCAUGCCCAGACACAGCCAAGCAGUCCAUAUCCAGGGCAGUCAUAUGGACCUCCACCGGGACCACAACGCUUUCCAAUGGGGAUGCAGGCCCGGACUCCAGGUUCCAUGGGAGGCUUGCAGUAUCCGCAGCAGCAGAUGCCACCUCAGUAUGGUCCACAGGGUGUAACUGGUUACUGCCAACAGCCAUAUUACAACCAACAACCACAACCUCAACAUCUGCCACCCCAGGCACAGUAUCUUUCACAGGCCCAGCAACGAUACCAGGCCCAGCAGGAAAUAUCUCAGGAAGCCUAUGGAACAAGGUCUCAACCCCCUAUCGCCCAAGGCAAGCCUAAUCAUGAAGAACUGAACCUGAUCCAACAAGAAAGACCGUCUAGUUUACCAGAUUUAUCGGGCUCCAUUGAUGACCUCCCUACGGGAACUGAAGCAACUCUAAGUUCUGCCGUUAGUGCAUCAGGUUCCACCAGCAGUCAAGGGGAGCAGAGCAACCCAGCACAGUCACCUUUCUCCCCUCAUGCCUCCCCCCAUCUCUCCAGCAUUCCUGGGGGCCCUUCCCCUUCCCCUGUGGGCUCUCCUGUUGGAAGCAACCAGUCAAGAUCUGGCCCCAUUUCUCCUGCAAGUAUUCCAGGCAGCCAGAUUCAGUCUCAGACUUCUGGAAGCCAAUCAGAAUCCAGCUCCCAUCCUGCUUUGAGCCAGUCACCGAUGCCACAGGACCGAGGGUUCAUGGCAGGCAUUCAGAGAAAUCCUCAGUUGUCUCAGUACCCAUCUCAGCAGACAGGACCUUCCAUGUCACCCCACCCUUCACCAGGAGGCCAAAUGCACUCUGGAAUUGGGAGCUUUCCACAGAGUAAUUCCAGCAGCACUUAUGGAACUCAAAUGAGCCAGUAUGGGCCACAAGGAAACUACUCCAGACAGCCAACGUACUCUGGAGUGACCAACACAAGUUACAGUGGCCCAGGACCCGGUAUGGGUGUAAAUGCCAACAACCAGAUGCAUGGACAGGGACCAGGCCAGCCUUGUGGUUCCAUACCCCUGGGACGAAUGCCAUCAGCUGGGAUGCAGAGCAGACCAUUUCCCGGAAAUAUGAGCAGUAUGACCCCCAGUUCUCCAGGCAUGGCUCAGCAAGGGGGCCCAGGGAUGGGACCUCCUAUGCCAACUGUGAACCGUAAGGCACAGGAGGCAGCUGCAGCAGUGAUGCAGGCUGCUGCAAACUCCGCCCAGAGCAGGCAAGGCAGUUUUCCUGUCGUCAAUCAGAGCAGCAUUAUGGGAUCCAGCUCUCCCUACAGCCAACCAAUGAACAGCAACUCAAGCCUGAUGAAUCCUCAAGUUCCUCCUUACAGCAUGGCACCUAACAUGGUGAACAGUUCCACAGCACCUAUGGGUCUUGCAGAUAUGAUGACUCCAGGAGAGUCCAAAUUGUCCAUUCCUCUCAAACCAGAUGGAAAAGAAGAAGGGCCUCCUCAGCCUGAGAGCAAAAAGGAUAGCUACAGCUCUCAGGGUAUUUCUCAGCCCCCAACCCCAGGCAACCUGCCAGUCCCUUCCCCAAUGUCCCCAAGUUCUGCUAGCAUCUCCUCAUUUCAUGGAGAUGAAAGUGAUAGCAUUGGCAGCCCAGGCUGGCCAAAGACUCCAUCAAGCCCUAAAUCAAGUUCCUCCACCACAACUGGAGAGAAGAUCACAAAAAUGUAUGAGCUAGGAAAUGAACCAGAGCGCAAAAUGUGGGUGGAUCGCUAUCUCAACUUCAUGGAAGAGAGGGGGACACCUGUGGCUAGUUUACCUGCUGUAGGCAAGAAGCCCCUGGAUCUUUUCAGACUUUAUGUCUGUGUUAAGGAGAUUGGAGGUUUAGCCCAGGUUAAUAAAAAUAAGAAGUGGCGUGAGCUGGCAACUAACCUAAAUGUUGGCACUUCAAGCAGUGCAGCUAGCUCCCUGAAAAAACAAUACAUUCAGUACCUGUUUGCCUUCGAAUGCAAGAUUGAACGAGGGGAGGAGCCGCCACCAGAAGUCUUCAGCACUGGAGAUACCAAGAAACAACCUAAGAUUCAGCCUCCAUCUCCUGCUAACUCGGGUUCCCUUCAAGGUCCACAGACCCCUCAGUCUACUGGUAGCAAUUCCAUGACAGAAGUGCCAGCUGACCUCAAGCCUCCAACACCAGCAUCCACACCUCAUGGACAGAUGACUCCUAUGCAGGGCAGCAGAAAUAGUUCUGUCAGUGUGCAUGAUCCAUUUUCGGAUGUAAGUGAUUCCACAUUCCCAAAGCGAAACUCCAUGACCCCAAAUGCACCCUAUCAGCAGUCAAUGAAUAUGCCAGAUAUGAUGGGAAGAAUGCCCUAUGAACCUAACAAGGAUCCUUUUGGUGGGAUGAGAAAAGUGCCUGGAAACAGUGAGGCUUUCAUGACUCCUGGACAAAUGCCCAACAGUGGAAUGCAGGACAUGUACAACCAGGCUCCCUCUGGAGCCAUAUCAAAUAUGGGCCUAAGCCAGCGCCAACAGUUCCCCUACGGAAGUGGUUAUGACCGGAGGCAUGAACCAUAUGGACAGCAAUAUCCAGCACAAGCACCUCCUUCAGGACAGCCUCCCUAUGGAGGGCACCAACCUGCAAUGUUUCCACAGCAGCAGAACUACAAGCGUCAUAUGGAUGGCAUGUACGGCCCUCCAGCAAAACGCCCUGAUGGAGAUAUGUUCAAUAUGCAGUAUGGGAACCACCAGCAGGAGAUGUUUAACCAGUACAGCAGUACUUACUCUGGACCAGACAGGAGACCCAUGCAAGGACAAUAUCCAUAUGCUUAUAGCAGAGAGAGAAUGCAGGGUCCAGGACAAAUUCAGCAACAUGCAAUACCCUCUCAGAUGAUUGGCGGGCCUCUGCAGUCAUCCGCCUCCAGUGAAGGCCCCCAACAGAACAUGUGGCCAACAAGAAAUGAUAUGUCUUACCCCUAUCAGAACCGGCAAGGCCCUGGGGGCCCUGCACAGGCCCCACCUUAUCCAGGGAUGAACCGGACUGAAGAUAUGAUGGUACCUGAACAGAGGAUAAACCAUGAAAGCCAGUGGCCUUCUCAUGUCAACCAGCGUCAGCCUUCUUACAUGUCAUCCUCUGCCUCAAUGCAGCCUAUCACCCGACCUCCUCAGUCAUCCUACCAGACGCCACCAUCAAUGCCAAAUCACAUCUCUCGGGCUCCGAGCCCUGCAUCUUUUCCACGCUCGCAUGAAAACCGUAUGUCUCCAAGUAAAUCCCCUUUUCUGCCUUCUAUGAAGAUGGCGAAAGUUAUGCCCACUGUUCCAGUCCCACAGAUCACGGGUCCUCCAGUCCAGCCACCACCAAUUAGGCGGGAAAUAACAUUUCCUCCAGGCUCAGUAGAAGCAUCCCAACCAGUCUUGAAACCAAGACGAAAGAUUACCUCAAAAGAUAUUGUGACUCCUGAGGCCUGGCGAGUGAUGAUGUCUCUUAAAUCAGGCCUUCUUGCUGAAAGUACCUGGGCGUUAGACACUAUUAAUAUUCUGCUGUAUGAUGACAGUACUGUUGCCACUUUCAAUCUCUCUCAGUUAUCUGGCUUUCUUGAACUUUUGGUGGAAUAUUUUAGAAAAUGCCUCAUUGAUAUCUUUGGGAUCCUAAUGGAAUACGAAGUGGGACAUCCAGGACCAAAAUUACAAAAUCAUAUUUCAGCUCGGAAAGAGAAUGGCCAGUCUGUAACAGAGAAUGCCAGAAAUGAAGAAGAAAACAAUGAUGAAUGUAUUGAUUACUUUGCUGAAUUUGAAGAUGAGGAGGAAGAGGAAGAAGAAGAAGAUGAUGAUCGAAAUGAGAAUGCUGAAGGAGGAGAGAAGAAUGCUGUUCUUGCUCCUUCCGGUGCCAAUGGUGAUCCAAGUGAGAGGCCAAAACAAGCCAGCAAGUUUGACAAGCUGCCAAUAAAAAUUGUAAAGAAAAACAAUCUAUUUGUUGUUGACCGAUCUGACAGGCUGGUGCAUGUUCAGGAAUUCAACAGUGGACUUCUCCACUGGCAGCUUGGUGGGGGGGAUACAACUGAACACAUCCAGACACACUUUGAGAGUAAGAUGGAGAUUCUGCCUCGCAGGAGGCCUUCUCCAUUGAGCUCUACAAGUAAAAAGAGGAAUGUGGAAGGGAAAGGGGAGUAUGAGGAGCAACAGGACAAAAGCAUAUCAGCCACCAUUGACGAUGUCUUGUCAGCUCGACCUGGAGCAUUAUCUGAAGACUCAGACUCUACUUCACAGACAGAUAGCAGUAAAUUUCCAUUUGGGAUCCAUCAAGCCAAAAGUCAUCGGAAUAUCAAGCUGUUAGAAGAUGAGCCACGGAGUCGAGAUGAGACUCCUCUAUGCACCAUAACUCACUGGCAGGACUCUUUGGCCAAGCGUUGCAUUUGUGUGUCAAAUAUCGUCCGCAGCUUGUCCUUUGUGCCUGGCAAUGAUGCUGAGAUGUCCAAACACCCAGGCCUGGUGCUAAUCUUGGGGAAGUUGAUCCUUCUCCAUCAUGAGCACCCGGAAAGAAAGCGAGCACCACAGACAUACGAAAAAGAGGAAGAGGCGGACAAAGGGGUGGCCUGCAGCAAGGAUGAGUGGUGGUGGGAUUGCCUUGAGGUCUUGAGGGAUAAUACGUUGGUCACCUUAGCCAACAUUUCUGGACAGCUAGACUUAUCUGCUUAUACAGAAAGCAUCUGUUUGCCAAUUUUGGAUGGUUUACUGCACUGGAUGGUGUGUCCAUCAGCAGAGGCACAGGAUCCUUUUCCAACUGUGGGGCCCAAUUCAGUCCUUUCACCUCAAAGACUUGUGCUGGAAACCCUGUGUAAACUCAGUAUCCAGGACAAUAAUGUGGACCUUAUCUUGGCCACUCCCCCAUUCAGUCGUCAGGAGAAACUCUAUGCUACUUUAGUUAGGUACGUCGGGGACCGCAAAAACCCAGUCUGUCGAGAAAUGUCUAUGGCACUCUUAUCGAACCUUGCACAGGGGGACACGCUAGCAGCAAGGGCAAUAGCUGUGCAGAAGGGAAGCAUUGGAAACUUGAUAAGCUUUCUUGAGGAUGGGGUCACUAUGGCCCAGUACCAGCAGAGCCAGCAUAACCUCAUGCACAUGCAGCCUCCACCUCUUGAGCCUCCAAGCGUAGACAUGAUGUGCAGGGCAGCCAAGGCUUUGCUGGCCAUGGCUCGGGUGGAGGAGAACCGCUCAGAGUUCCUUUUGCACGAGGGCCGUUUGCUGGAUAUCUCAAUAUCUGCUGUCCUGAACUCUCUGGUUGCAUCUGUCAUCUGUGAUGUACUUUUUCAGAUUGGGCAGUUAUGACAUAAGUGAUAAGCCAAGCAUGUGUGAGUGGAGAUUAGAGGGUCACAUAUAACUGGCUGUUUUCUGUACCUGUUUAUCCAGUGUAGGAAGAAGGAAAAAAAGAAUCUUUGCUCCUCUGCCCCAUUCACUAUUUACCAAUUGGAAAUUUUAAAAGUAUAUAUUAAUUUGAACAGUUACAGAGUUAAUAUUUGCUGUCUAUGUGUGUAAGUACAUCUUAUUUUAUUUUUUAACCAAAGUUUGUCUUGUACAUUCAAAGGUCACACUUCUUUUCCAUAGAUAUCCUUUUCAGUGUUUUUUUUUUUCAUGUUUGUAUCACAUAUUUUGGGAGGGGAAGCAAACGAGAGAUAUUGGGGAUUAAAAUGUUGCAAAAUAUUAUUUGAUAAGGGGAUAAGGCUCACUACUCUGAAGUGCAAAAGUGGGGAAAAUAUACUAUGUUUACUGUCUGUUUACUUUGCAAGAAUGAAUGAAAACCCAUCCACCCUUUAUGCCAUUGCCCAAAGCGCUCUGUGCAAUAGAAAAAUGUUAGUGAUGUAGGUGUAGCAGAUCAAGGAAAGGGGCUGGUCUGUAGUCUGCGUAAGAAAUUAUCUUGGUUUCUCUGCAGGAGAAUGGUUACACUAAGUUAGGAGCAAAAAAUUCUUUAGGAAACUUCUAACACAAACCUGAAGACAGACGAUCAACAUGAAUUGCUUCCUCACCAGAACUGUCACAUCAGUAUCUUGUUUGACCUUCCACAAUGACAGUUCUUCACAAUUCCUUUUAAUCAUUUUUUAAAUAUUUUUUAUUGCCAAAAGGCAGUGAUGUAUAUAGAAGUUGUACAUUAAACAUACCCUCAUCUUUUUUUAAGAAAAAUAAGUACAAGGAUUUCUCUUCUUUUUUUUUCCAUGAUGUGGUAACUACAAAGUGAUGGUAGACUUAAUUUUAUUAUUAUUAUUUUGUUUGGGCCAUGUUUCCAAAAACUAACAAAAAAAAUCACGAGGGUAAUGUACAAGUUUCUGUAUGUAUAAAGUCAUGCUCUAUUUCGGGAGAGCAAUUGCUCACAACUUGCUUUAUAAAUCAAGAUGUGGAAAUGGUUAUGUAUGGAUUGAUUUAAGAAAAUGGUUACCAAUCUACAGGACAAAAAUACAUAUAAAGGAAAAAAGGAAGAAACACAACUUCAAAGAUUUUUCAGUGAGAAGAAUCCGCAUUUGUAUUUCAAAAUAAUGUAGUUUAAAAAAAGACAAAAAAACUUGAUGUAAAUUCCUCCUUUUCCUCUGGCUUAAUGAAUAUCAUUUAUUCAGUAUAAAAUCUUUAUAUGUUCCACAUGUUAAGAAUAAAUGUACAUUAAAUCUUGUUAAGCACUGUGA